CAUUUAGCUAUCAACCUUGCUUCAUAACAGCUGCCACGCGUACAUCACCGAUGUGGGGUCAAGCAGAAGAGGAGUUGCCCAUUGAUCGGCAUCAUGAUUUUGCUUCCACCGUCUCGCUGGCUGGGAAGCGAUUCAACGUCGGGCGUCGAGACUUGGGCUGGUCGGGUACCAUGUCAACGGAAUUUCCGAGCACGUCCUGCAUGUCCAAGGACAGAUCCGGAUCGACGGUUCUGCCUGGUUUGGGCAAGCGAGGGACUGCUAUGGCUUCAACCAUCAGUGGCACACGUGAGUCGAAGUCUACUCGUCUUGGGUCAAAGAGGUCUCCCUUUGUCCGCAAGGCACCAACUUGGGGCGUGCGGAUUCGGGAGAACACUCUACCACGCCAGGACCCCAUUCCGGUGCGCCUCAGUGGUCGACGGCAUGGUGCUGCACCAGAUGACAGGAUCCAAGUCUGGGUUCGUGUACCCAAGGGCAAACUGGCCUUCUGGGUUCCACCCAAUCUUCCGCUUGGCCCAGCCUCUGCACAGGUGGAGGAGUCCACGUGUGGUCGAGACACGCCUUUGCGGCGCUUGCUGACGCAGCUGAAUGAAGAGAGUUUCGUCGACGAGAAGGAGCUGCGAAGUGCGAACUUCGAGAUGGCAUCACAGGAGCAUGUGCAAAGCACUGCCAAGCUCUCGGGUCCUACAGUGUCACAGAUGAGCCCGACACUGAGCUCAACGACGCUGAGUGACGUUGAGAGUAGCUUCAAGAGCCUCAUCCAAGCUGCGACAGGGGUCCCCAUGUCGCAACAGAAGCUGUUCUUCGGGCCCUCUGGGCUCUUGGAGGACAACAGCAAGGCGCUCUUCCAAUAUGAGAUUGGACAAGGAGCCAUGGUUCAUUUGUCCACUCGUCGAGAUCCAGAGCUGGUAGCCCAGUUCUAUGAGGAUGCCCGACGAAGCAAGAGGAAGGGCAAGAAGACUUACCAUGGCCUCGAGAACCCAAGACAUCUCUUGGAUAACAGGAUCUUCGACCGGAUUCGCCAGUUCAUGAACACCAAGGUUGGCUCGAAGAUGGGCAAGGAUCUGGUGAUGAUUGUGCCGGACUGGAAGAAAGCCGGGGUCGUGCCAUUGGAGUAUGAAUGGCCCCAUGAACAGCCCUGGCACGAUUACAAGCUCAUGCCGGACAAUGGCAUCUUCGACUUUGCAGGAAGAAUCCGGAAGAAGUUUCAUUUGCUUCCCCGUUUGGCCGGGGCAGCGGCCUCGCCGAAGCUCAUUGAGGCACAUGCGGUCAGCAUGCAGCGCACGGGCAUCCUGAGCAAUGACGCCUCGCCACGAGCAGAUGACGGAUGACUCCUCCGCACCUGUUGCCGCUGCGGUCCUGGCAGGUUGCCGCUGCUUUGUUGCCUGAAAGGGUCCGCCUGUUGACCUGGCUUGGCCGUGGCAAAGGUUGACCUCCUGGAGCUUGUUUUCAUGCUGGUAGGUUGACCUCCC